CGCCUCUCCCCAGCCCGGGCCGCGCCAGGCAAGGUGCCGGUUGCCGAGGGAGUGCCUUUGUGCCCGGCUCAGGAAACCCGCGACGACCGCUGUGUCCUCGGCUCCGUUGUUUCGGCCCUCGGUGCGCUCGCUGCAGGUGCGGGCGUGCGCGGCGGCGGGAGCGCUGAGGGCCCCGGCGCAGGCGGGAGAUGAAGCUCCUGAAGCCGUGGGGAAAGGCUGGCGGCGGCCUCCUGCACCUCACGGUGCUGUUGAGCUUGGCGGGGCUCCGCCUGGACCUGGACCUGGGUCUGGACCUGGAUUUGCUCCUGCCGCCGCCCGCCGCGCUCCGGGAUGAGCUGCUACUGCUGCUGCUGCUGGGCGGCUCCGGCCGCUCAGCCUACGCACUCAGCCCCUUCCCCGCCUGGGGUAGCUGGGGGCGCGCCCGGCAGCUGCACCCCAAGAGCCGGGAGCACGACCCUGCGGUGCCACCCGAGGGCCACCUGCUCCGGGAGGUGCGCGCGCUCGGGGCGCCCUUCAUCCGCCGCACCCGGGUGGAUGCCUGGCUGGUGCACAGCGUGGCGGACGGGGACGCGGACGGGGCCCCGGGGCUGUUCGGCGCCGCCUCGGCGGGAGGGGUCGGCGCCAGUGUGGACGGCGACAGCCAUGCCGCGCCCGGGGGUGGCGGGGACCUGCGACUGGCCCGGAGUAGCCCAGUGGCGGCCGGGGAGGAGGAGAAGGCGCCCGCGGAACCGACGGCCCAGGUGCCGGACGCUGGUGGAGGCGCGAGCCAGGAGAACGACUUGCUAAGAGAGAAGGGUGAAGCUGUGGAUUGCGGCUCUCAGCACCAGGAAGAUGAGGCAAAGGCGUCAGCCCAGGAGAGGCCACGCCAGCAAAAGACUGCAGAUGGCAACAGAGCAGCAGCUAAAGCUGCCUGGGAGGCAGAGGCAGGCAGUGGCUCUGGAAGUGAGAUACAGCUAAAUGGAGCAGAUACUUCUCUCUCUCUGGAGGACUUAUUUCAGUUGCUUUCCUCACAGCCAGAAUAUUCACUGGAGGGCACCUCAUUAGAGGAUAUUUCUCUUCAAGAUAACAUCAGUGAUGGCAUGAAUUCUCCAGCACAUAUAGACUUCAGCCAGGCUCUGAGUCACGAUGUGAAUCUUCAUGAGGCCAUGCUACUGUACCCUAACAGUACAUUUCGAAGAGAUCCCACGUCAAGGACUUCCCAGGCACAAGAACCAUUUCUUCAGUUUUCUCCUCCCACCAAUCCUGAGCAAACCUUCCAUGGAACUAAUCUCACAAGACUUCUACCUGUUGACAAUCAGAUGAGGAAUCUCACAAGCCAAGACCUACUACAUGACCUUGAUAUAACCAUGUUUGAUGAGAUAAACUUAACAUCACUGGCCAUAGAAGAAGGGUUUAAUCCAGUAGAAAUUUCCCAGCUUUUUGAAGAACCUGAUUCUGAUUCUGAUCUUUCCUUAAAUUCAAGUCACAACAGCACCUCUGUUAGCAAGUCUAGUUCUUCUCAUUCUGUGUGUGAAGGUGCUACAGGUUCUAACAGUGACCUUGAACCUCUUUCUUGUGAUUUAGAAGGGGCUGUAGGAGGCUACUACCCAGAACCUAGUAAGUUUCACCACACAGACCACGGGGAUCUUGCAUUUCAACAUGUAUUGCACAACCAUACUUACCACUUCCAGCCAUGUGCACCAGAAUCCACUUCUGUGCCUUUUUCAUGGUCUGGGACAUCACAGAAGAUGAGUAAGUGCACUGAUGACACAGACAGAAACUUGAGCCGUGAUGAACGGUGUGCUAAAGCUCUGCGUAUCCCUUUUUCUGUAGAUGAAAUUGUCCGCAUGCCUGUCGAUUCCUUCAACAGCAUGUUAAGUAGGCACUAUCUGACAGAUUUACAAGUCUCACUCAUCCGUGACAUCAGACGAAGAGGAAAAAAUAAAGUUGCCGCUCAGAACUGCCGUAAACGCAAAUUAGACAUAAUUUUGAAUUUAGAAGAUGAUGUAUGUAACUUACAAGCCAAGAAGGAAACCCUUGAGAGCGAGCGAGCCCAAUGUAGCAAAGCCAUUAACAUGAUGAGGCAGAAACUACAUGACCUUUAUCACGAUGUUUUUAGUAGGCUGAGAGAUGAUCAAGGUAGGCCAGUCAAUCCAAACCAGUUUGCUCUUCAGUGUAGCCAUGAUGGAAGUGUUUUGAUUGUACCCAAAGAACUGGCAGCCUCAGGCCACAAAAAGGAAAACCAAAAGGGAAAAAGAAAAAAGUGAAAGAAAUCAAAGAUGGUCUCCCCUUAUUAUGUGAAUGCACACACAGUAAUUUUCAAAAACUGAUUACUUUGGUCACAACCCAAAAAGGUUUGGUUCUUGCUUGUAAACUUGGGACUUUAUUCAAGUGUGUGAGUUGGUCACUCAACUUGAACCUGAUAGAACUGCCCAUCAGACUUGCAGGAAUUCAGGGGAAGGUACAACUCAAGUCCUCCUGCUGCAUAUACCUGAUUCCAGCUGUAUGCAAGAAGCAUUAAGACACUACUCACUUUGGCAGCUUUUGGAAGAUGACCUUUCUAAAAUGCAAAGCAGGCUUAACUUUUUUUAAGUGUUAGCAUUAUAGUGAGCUCCUCAAAAGCUGAUUUUUAUGACUUUUCUGUGAAAAUAAAUUCUUAUUUGUUGGAA